GGAAGAGCACUUUACCGCGCAGCUUAGUGGGUCGCCAAUCAUUUUCUUGGACCUCCACUAGAGUAGUCUGUUGUAGUUUUCAGCGCAUGGCUUGGCAGCAGUCAAGUGUGAAUUUUUUGCAUAAAAAAGUCAAAGUACUCAGCUACGUGCAGCACUUGAUGCAUCACAGCUUCCCUCGCUUUCGUAGAACUAGCUUCUUUUCGACAACAGCAGGUGCUUGUUCCACACUUGUUCAACCGCGUGAACGCGAACGCACAUUUUGAAACGCGAUCCUUUUAUUUCACAAUCACAACUUGUUUAAUACCAUAGGAUACAAUAACAAUAGACACGAAUCACACAAUACUUGUACAAGAAGUAGAACCAGCACAUGCAGACAUGCAAGUUGAACUAUACUCAAUGCGAUAGUUGUACUUCUUAUGCUUCACCAGGACCAGUUAGUUUCAACUUCCUGUUGCUAUAAUCGACUAGCAUCACCGUCGUGUCCUGAUACUGUAGCCCACUUUCGUGGCGAAGAUUUUUCACUUUUCGCCCGGGGCAACAUGCAGCUCGUGUUCGCCAUGCAGUUUUUGAGCGCCGGUUUAGGAAGAUGAUAGAUAAAAAGCCGAACAUGGUGAAAAAGCUUCAAGUUUGAAAAUCCCCAGGUGAGUCACAAGUACAAAGCCGGAAUAAAACACCACAGGCCUCCGAGCGGAAGAACCUACAAACCGUUGGCAGCACGGCGUUGACCGUAACGGUCCAUGGUAACCCGCGGCAAAACAGCGGGCUACGCCUGGUAACCGCGAAUCUGGGAGACACCCGAGGGAUCCUUUGUCGCGAUGGGAAAGCGGUUAUGCAUUGCAAAUAUCGAAGAUCUGAGUCUGGAUCUGAAACGAGGAUGCAAUAUUUGAUGUCAUGCUUGCCUGGCAUGACAUGAAGAGUUCUUUGUGAUGCGUGAUGUCCAAGAAAAGUAGACCAGAUCGAUAUUUGCAAUUGAUAACAGUGCCCUUAUCGGAAGACCAUAAACCUAGUCGACUGGACGAGAAGGGACGCAUUGAGAGGGCUGGUAUGAUGAAAUUUAUAAUGCUAAAUCAGAAUGACAGGUAGAAUUUGUCAUGCAGGACCAGAUAAAGAAGAAAAAGAAUCCGACUUCAACUUCUCAGGCGGCAGUGUCGUUGACAUCCGUGGCGCGUUGCGGGUUGUGUGUUCAACCGCUCCCGGGCACAAGUCCAAACAGCAGCGGAACCAGUAUCAGGGCUUAACGAUGACGCGGUCCUUCGGCGACUUUUUCUUCAAGCAGCCAACAAAAUUGGUCGAGUCCACGCCCGAAGUAAAGAUCCAAGCUUUGACCCCGAAUGUAUCCCACGAAAAAACUGUUUCACUGUGAUGAUAUUGCAAGAUCUGGUGCAUCACAAGUUUGUUACACAUCCAUGACACAGAAAAUUUGUCAUAAAACCUUCCCAAGGGAAAACACGUUUGAAAAUCCACUGUCUUUCAGGUGUAGCAAGACAAGUGGCUCUGUAUUCCAUUUUCUGCAUCACAGGUUCACAGUGAAGCAGUUUUUUCUUGCGAUAGAAUGACCAGUUCGUGGUAAUCGUGUCGGACGGCAUCUGUGACGUGUUGAAGAACCAGGAAAUCGUAUCCAAGAAAAAAACUGUGUUAGUGUAGGUCUUUUGGGAAAACAGCGUCACAAGUUUGUCUGCCAGGACAGGAAAAACUUGUCAUGCGCAGAUAGGACGGGAAAACACGUAGGAAACACGCCUAUCAAGCAUGUGGAGCAUGACAAGUGUAAGCUGUUUUGCAUUUUCAGCAUCACAGGCUUACACUCACAUAGUUUUUUUCUUGGAUAAAUCGUUAACCUCGCUUUGGAGUUUUACGACAAUGCCGAGGAAGCCUGCAAGAAAAUCGUCCGCACGGCUUUCAACAAGGGUUCGGAGGAUAACCUCACCGCCUUGAUCAUUCAGUUUGCGUUAUCCUGUGUAAAAACGUCCCCACGACCCCAGAGUUGUCAUGCAAAUGUGCAAUGACAGGAUUCAGGAAUCGAUUUGUAAUGCGCUUCUCCUUGAGAGGCGUUUCUAGUCGUGUUUUGGAAUUUGUAGUGCUGUAAGCAGGAGGAGCAAAUGGCUUUCUCAUGCGGCUUUUGUUGCUACCCAGCACUACACUGCAGAUGGGACAAAUUUGUCAUGCAGAACUGCCAAAGCUUGGAGAUUUGUGUUCCAGAUUUCCCAUGGCCAUGUUGACUAUGGUGUGGGGACGUUUUUACGUAGGAUAUGCGUGGGCGGAUGAGAAGACGCUGAAGUGCUGGGAAAACUUGAAGAAGGGCGGGGGCGUGAACGUGGAAACCGCCGGGGUUCAGGUAUGAACUGCAAAAGUAUCGUGCUCGUAGUAAUUCUAAUUGCUGUUAUGCAUGACAAAUCUCUUUCCUAAGGCAAAAGAGCAAUUUGUAAUGCAAUUUAUACUAGUUGUACGAUGCUUUUGCAUUUCAUAUCAGGAUGUUGAGGACGAUGAUUUUGACAUGUUUGCUUGAUAAGGAGUACAGCAGUACUUCAUCUAUAGCUCACGACUGUGAAACAAGUUGAAUAAGUAACAGUUGUAAACCAUCUCUAUUAGUAGAUGAACCUUCUCAACGGACGCUGGAGGGAGUUGUGCUAGUACUUAGAUUUACUAAAACAGAACCAAGUGCUGGACCACAACAACUGCUUCUGCCCUCAAGGGCACGAACAAGACAGACGACAGACUUAAUUUUUCAAUGGCAAGAAUUUGAUCUUGUCAACAGGAGGACGAGUGGAGGGCAAACAAGACGAGAAUCAAUAUAUUAAACACCCUUGACAAGGAAGAGGAC